AUGAGGGGCAACCAGUCAUGGGUUACGGAGUUCAUCCUGGUGGGAUUCCAGCUCAGUGCAGACGUGGAAUUCCUCCUCUUCUGGGUCUUCUUCAUGUUCUAUGUCUUCAGUCUGCUGGCAAAUGGAGUGAUCUUCGGACUCAUCUGCCUCGACCCCAGACUGCACACUCCCAUGUACUUCUUCCUCUCCCACCUGGCAGUCCUGGACAUAGCUUAUGCUUCCAACCAUGUCCCCAAGAUGCUGGCAAACCUGGUGAACCAGGAAAAAACCAUCUCCUUUGUGUCUUGUGUGAUCCAGGUGUUUCUCUACUUGGCCCUUGCGGCCACUGAGUGCUUCAUUUUGUUGGUGAUGUCCUACGACAGGUACGUGGCCAUCUGCCACCCCCUGCACUACACGGUCAUCAUGAGCUGGAGGGUGUGCACUGCCAUGGCCAGCGUGUCCUGGGCAUGUGGGUUUACCCUCGCCAUUGUCCACGCCACUCUCCUCCAAAGGCUUCCCUUCUGUGGGCCUCGGGUAGUGAACCACCUCUAUUGUGAAAUCCUGUCCGUCCUCAAGCUGGCCUGUGCUGACACCUCUGUCAACCAAGUAGUUGUACUCAUUGCCAGUGUCCUAGUCCUAGUCGGACCGCUUUUCCUCAUGUUGAUCUCCUACACUCAUAUCCUCUUUGCCAUCCUGAGGAUCAAGUCCAGGGAGGGUCGAAGAAAGGCUUUCUCUACCUGUUCCUCCCACCUCUGUGUGGUCGGGCUCUUCUUCGGCAUAGGUAUGAUCUUUUAUCUAGUCCCAGGUGGCAAUCAGCGAGAGGAGCAGCAGAAAGUCCUUUCAUUGUUUUACGGUCUCUUCAACCCAUUGCUGAACCCCUUCAUCUAUAGCCUGAGGAACGCGCAGGUGAAGGAUGCCUUCUACAGAGUCCUGCAGAGGAAGGGCGUUGUAUGA